AUGUGGGUUAGUAGUGUUAAAACCACCACCAAGUGCCAUACAAAAGAAGCAAGACCAGUUUCGUGUAACAUAGCGAUGAGAAUGAGUGAAGGAAAACAUGACAAAAUCAGUCGAGAAUCUUCGAAGAAUGAACACGAGGUCAUCUUCUACGUUUCUUCAGUAGAAUCGAGAAUAAAUAUCUAA